AUGGGCUGCUGUAGCGGGCGCUGCACCCUCAUCUUCAUAUGCACUUUACAACUGGUGUUGGCUUUAGAGCGACAGGUGUUUGACUUCCUUGGAUACCAGUGGGCUCCCAUACUCGCCAACUUUUUCCACAUCAUAGUUGUUAUCCUCGGCCUCUUUGGCACCAUCCAGUACCGGCCACGCUACAUUGUGGUGUACACAGUAUGGGCUGCUCUCUGGGUCGCCUGGAAUGUCUUCAUCAUUUGCUAUUACCUGGACGUAGGAGGACUGGCAAAGUGCGGUUCUGUUUUCCACCCAAUCCAGAAGGCUGCUCUGUGA